GUUCACUUUUCAAAGAUUGAUGUUGUGAUCUACGAUGUCGUCGAGUGAAGAUAAUUUAAGUAAUUCAGAAAAUGAAAACGAUGAAGUUGAAGACGUAGAAACUGAUGUCAAAGAGAAGGAGAAACAUGAAUUGAAGGGUAUAUUGGAUGAUGUAGAAGAAACAGCUGUGACCUGGAAAGAUUUGGGACUUAUUGAUGUCUUAUGUGAAGCAUGUGAAGAUUUGAAAUGGAAAGCACCGUCAAAAAUUCAACGUGAAUCCAUUCCUUUUGCUUUGAAAGGAAAUGAUAUCAUUGGUUUGGCGGAGACUGGUUCUGGUAAAACUGGAGCAUUUGCACUUCCUAUCAUACAAACUUUACUUGAUAAUCCACAGAGAUUUUAUGCUCUCAUAUUGACUCCUACCAGAGAGUUAGCAUUUCAGAUUUCUGAACAAUUUGAAGCACUUGGAUCAUCUGUGGGAAUAAAAUGUGCUGUAGUAGUUGGAGGAAUGGAUAUGGUAUCUCAAGCAUUACAACUUGCAAAAAAGCCUCAUAUAAUAAUCGCUACUCCUGGAAGAUUAGUAGAUCAUCUUACGCACACAAAAGGGUUUAAUCUGAAAUCAGUAAAGUAUCUUGUGAUGGAUGAAGCUGAUCGGAUUCUUAACAUGGAUUUCGAAGUUGAAUUGGAUAAGAUUCUUAAAGUAAUUCCGAGAGAACGACGAACCUUUUUGUUCAGUGCCACAAUGACAAAAAAAGUUAAAAAACUGGAAAGAGCUUCAUUGAAGAAUCCUGUAAAAGUCGAAGUCUCAAACAAAUAUCAAACUGUCGACAAGCUUCAACAAUAUUACGUUUUUAUUCCAACAAAAUACAAAGAUCUUUAUCUGGUCCAUAUUCUAAAUGAACUCGCUGGCAACAGUUUUAUUAUAUUCUGCUCUACGUGUCAUUCAACAGUUCGUGUUGCAUUAAUGCUUCGAGCUUUAGGACUUGCAGCAGUUCCAUUGCACGGCCAAAUGUCACAAAACAAACGAUUAGCAGCUUUAAACAAAUUUAAAGCGAAAGCAAGAUCAUUCCUCAUAUCAACUGAUGUUGCAUCAAGAGGUUUGGACAUUCCCCAUGUAGAUGUUGUUCUCAACUAUGAUAUUCCUACACACAGCAAAGAUUACAUUCAUAGAGUAGGUAGAACAGCAAGAGCAGGAAGAUCUGGUAAAGCAAUAACAUUGGUGACACAGUAUGAUGUUGAACUAUAUCAGAGGAUAGAACAUUUACUAGGAAAACAGCUUCCAUUAUUUAAAACAGAAGAAGACGAAGUAAUGGCUUUGCAGGAACGUGUUGGGGAAGCACAGAGAACAGCUCGAUUAGAAUUGAAAGAUAUUGAAGACAAGCGGGGUUCGAAAACCAGAAUAAGAAAUAUGGACGAUGAUGAUGAUACUGAACAAUUCAGCGGAGCAAGAAAAAGAAUUAAUGGAAGUAAAAAUGGCGGUGGUGGAAAGAGACAAAAGUUUAAAUCUUAAUUUUAAAUAUUUCUAUAUUUAUCGUCAUUAAAAAAUUUUCUUCAAAACA